AGUCAGGAUGGAAGCCAAGACCAGCCCGGGGGCAGCAGGGAGGGUGGCAGCUUCCGGCCCACUUGGUCUGACUGGUGACUGUCGGUGACUGGGCCUAAUCCCAGUGCAGUGGGAGCCAUGAACUCACCCUGAGCACAUCCCAGGGAAGUGGUGGACCAUUGAAACCAGAAUGUCUGGGCUGGGGACCCCUGCCAUGUCUGUUGGCUCUCCCUGCUGUCUGGCCGGCAACUAGAAACUGCACAGCCAGGGCUGGUCAGAGCCUGGCUGGCUCCGUCAGUCACACUGGACGUCGAGUGGACCUGAGUGCGGUCAGCACCCCUCUUGUGCUUGCUGGUCAGCCCGCCACCUCCUUGAAGGGCCAUCUCCCAGCUGCAGCCACUCUUCUCACCGCCCCCGCGUCUGCCUACAGAUAGGGCCGGGCAGGUCAAGGGGAUGUUUCAUGCAGUCCCCCGCGCUGCUCUCGUCUUCCUGGGCAGGGACACAGAGAGUUGUCUCAUCUUGCCAGCACCGAUCAUUUCCCUCCAGUCACUGGCUGUGGGAGGAAGGGCAGGGGUCGGGAGGAGUAGUUCGCUGCUGCUGCUGCCAACCCACUCCCAGGACAGUGGGAUUCUGAUGCUGUGUGGGGUGACACUGGCCCGAGCCCCAGCCCCCAACUUGGGGGACCUGGGAUGUUCACAUGUCCUCUCUGCGCUGCCUGGGAGGGUGGAUUUCUGAGUCGGAGGAAGCUGGGUGGGGGCCGUGACCAAGCUUCCCAAGGAGGGGUUGCCCAAGCUCUAACCCCAGCUAGCCUUCCUGGUUCCAGAAGCCAGUGCAGGGUCAGGGGCUUCCUGAAGGAGAGGGGGCUCAGCAGGCCAGCGGCUACAGUCACAAUUGCAAUAAAGUUUUGUAAACCAGCAGGAGCCUGAGGCUCGGUUUCUUCACUGGAUGCAUGCCUCUGUCCACAGCCCUGACUGGGGGCACAGUCCUCUGGGGAAGGGCUUUGGGCAAAGACUUUCCCUGCCCUCCAGGAGCUGGCAGUCUGGUUAGAAGACAAUGUGUGUGCCUACAAACACAUGCUCUGGCUGUGCAGAGGCAGAGACAGGAGGAAACAAGAUCCUGACCUCGAGGGGCUACCUGUCUGGUGAAGGGCAGGAAGUGUGCGUAUCCAUGUAUUGUGCUGGGGAGCAGUGGGAGGGGACAGAUGCAAGAGCAAGAGAGGCUACCUGGGAGAGAAAGUGUGUGCGUGCGCACACACACAGAUGGCUGAUAAGGUCUCAGCCCAGGCUGGGAGGGCAUCCAGGAGGAAAGGGAUCUAGGGGUGCUGGCUGGCUGGCUGGGGAAAUAGGAGAUAAGACUCCCAAGGCUGGGGGAUGCGAGGUCCCACCGCUGCUAUUGCUGCCGCCAUGGCCCCUAUUUGCGAUUGUCUAUGGGGUGGGACUGGGGUGCAGAUGUGGCCUUGCCUCCUGUGGUCUCCCCACCCUCAUGAACCUCACUCUGUUCUUCCUUGGGAUGGGGAGGCUUUGGUUCUGCUCCAGCCCCCAAAGAGCAGCCUGGUGACCAUGCCAGUCCCCAUAGACUAACUGAUCCGAUCGCAGCUCUGGCUGGUACUACCCUUCCCUGGGACUUCUGCCCCCUGCUCCCCUGUUUAGUGUCAGGCUGGGCUCUUCCCUGUGCCAAGGAGGGACCACACCUCUGGGAGCAGGGAGCAGCCUCUGUCUGGACUUUGUCCUCUCCGGGUGCUCUGCUCUGCUCAGCCAGCACUAGGGCAGUGGCCACCAGAGCCAGAAGGAGCAGGAAACUACAGCCAGGCUCCCUAGGGUCAGAGGAAGUGGGCCCGGCCCAGCAUCAGACCCCAGAAAUCAUCCUGCUGUGCCAUGAGCAGCUCCCGCUGACCGCUCUCUGCUGACCACUGACCUGGGCCCUGGGAGACCAAGCUUCAACACCGCACCUGCCUGGGAAGAGUUCUCCGAGAUGGCGGCCAGUCUAUCGCUGCUGGAAGACAUGGUGGGGGUCGGUGACCUGGUCCUGCUGGACCCCCUGACUGAGGAGUCUCUGCUCAGCAACCUACAGGAGAGAUUCAAGCAUGGAGAGAUCUAUACAUACAUCGGGAACGUGGUGGUGUCGGUGAACCCGUACCAGACUCUGCCCAUCUAUGGCCCUGAGCACGUGACUGAGUAUCGCGAUUACAACUUCUACGAGCUGAAGCCGCACAUCUACGCUGUGGCCAACGAAGCUUACGAGUCGUUACGGGAUCGGGACCGAGACCAGUGCAUCCUCAUCACCGGGGAGAGCGGGGCCGGCAAGACCGAGGCCAGCAAGCUGGUGAUGUCGUUCGUGGCGGCCGUGUGCGGUCAGGGGGCCGAGGUGAACGGGGUGAAAGAGCAGCUGCUGCAGUCCAACCCCGUACUCGAGGCUUUUGGCAACGCCAAGACCAUCCGCAACGACAACUCCUCCAGAUUUGGCAAGUACAUGGACAUUGAGUUCGACUUCAAGGGAGCUCCGCUGGGAGGUGUCAUCACAAACUACUUGUUGGAGAAAUCUCGAGUGAUCAAGCACACGAAGGGCGAAAGAAACUUUCACAUCUUCUACCAGAUGCUGGCCGGAGCGGACGCCUCACUGCUGAAGACCCUGAAACUGGAGCGGGACAGCAGCGCCUACAACUACCUGAACUACGAGGGGCCUGGCGUGGCCGGGGUGGACGAUGCAGCGUGCUUCGCGGUCGUGCAGCAGGCCAUGGGGGCGAUCGGAAUGUCGGCGGCCGAGGUGCAGCAGGUGCUGGAGGUGGCCGCUGUGGUGCUGAAGCUGGGCAACGUGGCCCUGAGGGAGAACUUCGAGGCCAGCGGGAUGGCGGCCAGCAGCGUCCGUGACGGCACAGGACUCCAGGAGAUUGGGUCACUGCUGAGCCUAGCACCACAGGUGCUGGAGAAAGCGCUCUGCUUCCGGUCCGUGGAGACCAACAGGGAGACGGUGGUGACCUCCCUGACCGUGGCCCAGGCCCUCUAUGCUCGGGACGCCCUGGCCAAGAACAUUUACAGCCGCCUCUUCGACUGGGUGGUGGCCCGCAUUAACAAGAGCAUCAAGGUGGGCAGUGCAGAGAAAAGGAAGGUGAUGGGUGUCCUGGACAUCUACGGCUUUGAAAUCUUGAAGGACAACAGCUUCGAGCAGUUUGUGAUUAAUUACUGUAACGAGAAGCUGCAGCAGGCCUUUAUCGCAAUGACCCUGAAGGAAGAACAGGAGGAGUACGUGAGAGAGGGUAUCCCCUGGACUCCAGUGGACUACUUUGACAAUGCCAUCAUCUGCAACCUCAUCGAGAAUGGGCAGAAGGGCAUCUUGGCCAUGCUGGAUGAAGAGUGCCUGCGGCCAGGGUCAGUCAGCGAUGCCACCUUCCUGGCCAAACUCAACCAGCUGUUCCCCGCCCAUGGCCACUACGAAAGCCGUGUCACCCAGAACGCCCGCCGGGUGCAGGACCCCAGCCUACCCCUCAGCUCCUUCCGCAUUCACCACUACGCGGGCAAGGUGACAUACAACGUGGCUGGUUUUGUGGACAAGAACAAUGACCUGCUGUUCCGUGACCUGUCCCAAGCUAUGUGGAGGGCCCAGCACCCCCUGCUGCAGGGGAUGUUCCCCGAAGGGGACCCCAAGUGCCUCUCCCGCAAGCGCCCCCCUACAGCUGGCUCCCAGUUCAAGGUGUCCGUGGCCACCCUCAUGAAGAACCUGUACAGCAAGAACCCCAACUAUAUCAGGUGCAUCAAACCCAACGAGCAGAAGAAGCCCCGUGUCUUCUCAGAGCAACUGGUUGGGGCGCAGGCGCGCUACCUGGGGCUGCUGGAGAAUGUCCGUGUGCGGCGGGCCGGCUACGCCUUCCGCCAGCUCUACGGCCCCUUCCUACAACGCUACAAGAUGCUCAGCAGAGCCACCUGGCCCCGCUGGACCGGCCACCCCCGGGACGGGGUGGAAAUGCUGCUGGAGGAGCUGAGUUUGCCUCCGGACGAAACCGCCCUCGGGCGGACCAAAGUCUUCAUCCGCAGCCCCAAAACUCUCUUUCAUCUGGAGGAACGGCGUCGCUGGCGUUUGCAUGACCUGGCCACGCUGAUCCAGGCAGCCUUCCGAGCCUGGCGCUGCCGCACCCACUACCAGCUCAUGCGGAAGAGUCAAAUUCUCAUCUCGUCCUGGUACCGUGGCAACGCGCAAAAGAGACGCUAUGGGCAGAUGCGGGCCCUCACCAUACGGAUCCAAGCAUUCGUGCGAGGCUGGAAGGCUCGCAAGGAAUUUCGGAAAUACUUCCGCGCUGGGGCCUCCUUCACCCUGGCCAACUUCAUCUAUCGGAGAAUCGUGCAGAAAUACCUGAUGGGGCUCCAGCGGCCCCUUCCCUCCACCAAGGUGACUGACAACCAGUGGCCCCCGGUUCCCUACACCUUUCUCAAGGCCGCUGAUCAGGAACUGCGGAGAAUAUUCCAUCUGUGGCGGUGCAAGAAAUACCGGGACCAGCUCUCCCCGCAGCAGAAGAUGGUCCUGCAAGAGAAGCUGAGUGCCAGUCUGCUGUUCAAGGACAAGAAGGCGCUUUACCCCCAGAGCGUCCGCCAGCCCUUCCGUGGGGAUUACCUGGGGCUGCAGCAGCGCCCCAAGUUGCAGCGUAUAAAAGGGGCAACCCCCGGGUCUGUGCUGGUGGCUGAAACAGUGAGGAAGGUCAAUCGCAGGAGCGGCAAGCUGUCUCCACGGAUCCUACUGCUAACGAAGAGCCAUGUGAUCCUGGUCGACGCCAAGGGCUCUCAGCCCAAGAUCGUCAUCAGCCUGGAGGACGUGGCCGGAGUCUCACUCAGCAGCUACAACGACGGGCUCUUCGGCCUGCACCUCAGUGAGAUGUCAACCGCGUCCUCCAAGGGGGAUCUCCUGUUGGUCAGCGACCACCUAAUCGAGCUCCUGACCCGGCUGCACGGCGCCAUACGGGGCACCACCCAACGGGAGCUACCAUUCACUGUGGCGGAAGAGUUUUCCAUGCGGUUCAAAGCCGGCGCUAAAGUGAAGGUGAGCGUUGUCCAGCACGCCAAGGGGCCAGCUGGCAGCCUAAGCUGCAAGAUGAAAGGGAGCCACCGGUUGGAGGUGACGGUGUCCUGAGCCGGGCCCGGCCCGGUCCACCCUGCACACGGCGGCCCAGUGCGGUGGGGAACCCCUCAGUCUCCUUCCUCCAUCCCUCCCUCCCUUCCUCGCCCACCCAUGCUCCCCUUUCUCGACGCCCAGGCUCCUAGCCUCCCUCCCGGUCCCCCGGGCCCGCUGCCUCCCGGUCCCUCGGCCUGCUGCCUCCCUGCCAGGCUAAGCGAGUGGCUUGGACUCCCCGCGGCGAUUCCAGGUCCCAGGAAGGGGGCGAAGGGGGAGAAUCCGGCCGAGGCUGGGGGCGUUAAUUAGCCUCCGGCCCCCCUCGACCGCCUGCGCCUCGGUGGGGUGAGGGGUUGGGGGACCCAGGUGGCUGGCGGGCUGAGUCACUAAAGGCGUGAAGGGGAAAUUGGGGCGACUCCCCCCGCCCAGGGACGCCCCCGCCUCUCCCAAUUGGAGCGGGGAAGGCGAAGGAUCCAAGGACCCAGGUGUUGUGGGUGGGGGUGGGCUAGAGAAGGGGCGCGUGUCCUGACCCCCCCCCCCCAACUCAGGGAUUCAGGGGCCGGUGGGGUGCGGAGUCCCCUGGCAGGCACACGCCCGACCAGAUCGAUGCCAAACAAUUACAUCCCUCUCAUCAGCUCCCCACAGCUGGGCCCCUCUGAGGAGGGGAGGGGGGUCCGCUCUGCCUCCCCGCUGAGGGAGGGGGUGUACGCUCCGGCCCCCCACUCCUCCCCGCCCCGCGUCGUCCCAGCCGUUGCCCCUGUCCCCGGUUGGGGCGCGGGGACCCCGGGGACCCUGCCUGGGGUCUGGGUGUUGGCGCGCUCCGCGGGGAGGAGGAGGAGGAGGAGGAGGAGGCCGGGGCCCCGAGCCGGCCCGGCCCAUCUGCAGGCGACGCACGCGGAGCCGGGCGGGAGGUGAUUAAUUCUCUCGCCGCUGCAAAAGGAAGCCCGUUCUGUCCUCCCUUCAGCUGGAGGGCGAGGCGGCGGUCCUGGAGGAGGGCCGCGCACCGCGGGCGGGCCCCCGCCCCACCCCCCAACCGGGGCCUCGGCAGUCCCGACCCUUAGUCCCGGACUCAUCAGGCACCAGAGACUCGACCCCGACGCCCUCCCUCCUCCCCUCGCCCGCCCACCCAC